AAAAAUGUUGAGAUUGUUGACUCUUGCGGAGUUCUCUAUCUAACCAGUUUCAAUUCUUCAUCAUCACCGUGCUCGUCCAAUUCCAUGGAGUUAGAGGUACAUGCGGUGGGAGGCAUAGACAACUGUUUCGUUUCCCUUCCCUUACCUCUAAUCCAAACCCUACAAUCCACUCGAUCUUCUCCACUCCCUCAUAUUCUCGCUCUCGAGCUUCGUUCUCUCACUCACCCACCACACUCAUGGUUCCUCGCUUGGUCCGGUGCCACUUCUUCUUCUUCUUCUUCUUCUUCCGCCAUUGAGGUUUCGCAACAAUUUGCUGAAUGCGUUUCGUUGCCGAAUCACGCUGCAGUUCAGGUCAAAGUCGCUUCGAAUGUUCCGCAUGCUUCUCUGGUCACGAUCGAGCCGGAUACCGAAGAUGACUGGGAAAUAUUGGAGCUUAACUCUGAACAAGCUGAAGCUGCAAUCCUCAAUCAGAUCAGGAUUGUACAUGAAGGGAUGAGAUUUCCUUUGUGGUUGAAUGGUCAUACUGUCAUCACAUUUCAUGUGGCUUCUGUUUUCCCGAAGAAUGCGGUGGUACAACUCAUGCCAGGAACAGAAGUUGCUGUUGCUCCCAAAAGGCGUAAAAGGAUUUCGGAUUCAGCAGGGGAUUCACAUCUGGAAUCCUGUAAUAAAGAGCAUACUGCAAAGAUGUUGCUCCGUGUACAAGAUCCAGAUGGGUUAUGCUCUACCAGUACUCAUGUCAAAGGUGUUGAGCUCCAUGUAGGGCUUACUUCUGUUGCUUUUGUACAUCCAGAAACAGCCAAGCUCUUCUCAUUUAAUAUGCUUCAGUUGGUUUCAAUAGUGCCAAGAGUAUCCAAGGAGAAUGUUAAUAUUCCCAGAACCAAUAUUAUGAAAGCCAAAGGUGGUUCAGCAUUUAAUGAAGUUGAGAAUGGAAGUACUGACAAGAAAGAGUAUCGACAGGCACUUGUUCAUCUGUUGAUUUCAGAAUCUGUGGCUGAAGGGCAUGUUAUGGUAGCUAAGUCUCUUCGCCUUUAUUUGAGAGCUGGCCUGCAUUCAUGGGUUUAUUUAAAGGCAUGUGAUGUUAUUUUGGAAAAAAGUAUUCCUUCCAUCUCUAUUUGUCAUUGCCAAUUCAAACUAUUAAGAAAGGAGAUGGCUGUUGAGAAAGAUGGUCUAGAAGUUUUACAUGGCCAGAAGAAUCACAGUGAUGAAAAAUUGCAUGCAAAAGCUACUUCAGGUGUCAUUGUGGAUACUUUAGAUUGGUCAAUCCAACAUGCAUUUACUGCAGCUCUUUCUGAUGAAUCCGAUUCCAAAGCAGAAGAAGAGGCUGCAAAGCAGUUUCAGAAUCAAAAGGGAUUACAAAGUCUUGUAAAACUAUGGUAUAUUGCACAGCUUGAGGCAAUUACUUCCAUUACGGGUAUGGAGGUUAAUUCAUUGGUUAUGGGCCGUAACACCUUGCUUCAAUUUGAAUUAAGCUGUUACAAGCUUGGCAGUGAUGGAAAGGUCCAGCUGGCUGAUAAUUCUUCAGAGAAUAGUGGCAAGGCAGCUGAAAUGUUAUUUUUAUUGACCUUCGGUGAAGAACAUCUGCAUCACAGGAGACUAAACGCAUACGAAGUUGCUCUUGGAGGAAAACUCAAUAACAUCAAUGAUGGGGAUUUUAAGCUUUUUGGACAGAUGAAACUUGGGGAUCCUGUGUCUAUUAAUUCUGUAGAAGAGAGAGCCCCUGAAGACCCCGUUAGCUCAAAUGUAUCUUCUCUUGACUGGAUGGAGAAAACUGCUUCUGAUGUUAUCAAUAGGAUGUUGGUAUUAUUAUCUUCAGCAUCUGGUUUGUGGUUUGGCUCAUACAACUUGCCACUUCCUGGACAUGUUCUAAUAUAUGGACCUCCAGGCUCUGGGAAGACUAUAUUAGCAAGGACUUUGGCAAAAUCCCUUGAGAAUCAUAAAGACAUCUUAGCACACAUAAUUUUUGUUUCCUGCUCAAAACUUGCUUUGGAGAAGGUCCCAAUUAUUCGUCAAGAAAUUGCGAACCAUAUAAAUGAAGCCAUAAACCAUGCACCUUCCAUUGUCAUCUUUGAUGAUUUGGAUAGCAUAGUUUCUACACAUGACUCAGAGGGAUCUCAGCCUUCAACAUCUGUUGCUGGACUCUCAGAUUUUCUGGUUGAUAUCAUGGAUGAAUAUGGCGAGAAGAGGCAAAAAUCAUGUGGAUUUGGACCAAUAGCCUUCUUAGCUUCCAUUCAAUCCCUGGAGAGCAUACCACAAUCUUUGAGCUCUUCAGGACGCUUUGACUUUCACAUAAGGCUGCCCGCUCCUGCAGCUUCCGAGCGCAAGGCUAUGUUAAAACAUGAAAUACAAAGGCGUCACUUGCAAUGUGAUGAUGACGUCCUGCUUGAUGUUGCUGUAAAAUGUGAUGGUUAUGAUGGUUAUGAUCUGGAAAUAUUAGUUGACAGAACUGUACAUGCUGCUGUUUGCCGUUUUCUUCCAGCUAAUGCGACUAUUUAUGAGCAUGAGAAUCCAGCUUUACUAAGGGAGGAUUUCUCUCAGGCAAUGCAUGAUUUUCUUCCAGUUGCAAUGCGUGACAUCACAAAAUCUGCUUCUGAUGAUGGCCGUUCUGGAUGGGAUGAUGUGGGUGGUCUUGUUGAUAUACAAAAUGCUAUUAAGGAGAUGAUAGAGUUGCCAUCAAAAUUUCCAAAAACUUUUGCACAAGCACCAUUGAGGUUACGUUCGAAUGUCCUUUUAUAUGGUCCUCCUGGUUGUGGCAAAACUCACAUAGUUGGUGCUGCUGCUGCUGCUUCUUCGCUUCGAUUCAUUUCAGUUAAAGGGCCAGAGCUGUUAAACAAGUACAUUGGUGCUUCUGAGCAAGCUGUUAGGGAUGUAUUCUCUAAGGCAACUGCUGCGGCUCCAUGCCUGCUCUUUUUUGAUGAAUUUGAUUCUAUUGCUCCCAAGAGAGGGCAUGACAAUACUGGAGUAACUGAUCGUGUUGUUAAUCAAUUUUUGACCGAGUUAGAUGGUGUUGAGAUUUUAACUGGUGUAUUUGUGUUUGCUGCAACCAGUAGACCGGAUUUACUUGAUGCAGCACUAUUGAGACCGGGUAGAUUAGAUCGGCUUCUGUUUUGUGACUUUCCAUCUUGGCAUGAGAGAUUGGAAAUCCUUACAGUACUUUCUAGAAAGUUACCAAUGGCCAGUGAUAUUGAUUUGGGUACUGUAGCUAAUAUGACUGAGGGAUUCAGUGGAGCUGAUCUCCAAGCUCUUCUCUCAGAUGCGCAGCUUGCAGCAGUUCACGAUAUUCUAGACAAUGUUGACGCCUCUAGGCCAUUGAAAACACCAGUGAUUACUGAUGCUCUUCUGAAGCUCACCGCAUCCAAGGCUAGACCAUCUGUUUCAGAAGAAGAGAAAAGAAGACUCUACAGUAUUUAUCACCAGUUUCUGGAUUCAAAGAGAUCCGUUGCUGCCCAGUCAAGGGAUGCAAAAGGCAAGAGGGCAACUCUAGCGUGACAAUAAGUAAUGCGGUGGAAUUUGUUCAUGUGGUAGAAGCUGCUCUCUGGGAUUCUUUUUCUCCCGAAGAGGCCUCCGAUGUUCAUUUACACUUCAUUAAUAUUGUACAGGAGUCUGACUUGGUUCAAUUCAUCAUUUGUUGUAUUUAGAAAGUGCAAUAUCUACAAGAAUGUGACGAAUAAAAUAGAUAAGAAAAAAGUAAAUCCAAGAUUUUUUUUCUCAUUUUA